AUGAGGCCAGAGUCCUCGAGAAAGUUCCUGAAACCACGUCAACUACGAUUCUCUCAUUCGGCAAGACAAUUCACCAUGCCGAGUUCUUACAACGUCACCUCAAGCGCGACAGCGCAGAGUCUGGAAAUACGAAGAGAACUGACAAAAGUUUAA